AUAAUCGUAACGGGGAUUUACGACCCCCGUUGACGUCUCUCCUCGCGAUUACGUCUCCCCGCGAUUGGUCGAAAUUACAUGGUCCUUCGAGCCGGAUUUCGUGCCACCAAAAAGUGCACUGACCAGUGACUAUACAGUGUCGCGUGAAAUCCAAUUUCCAACCACUUAGUCAACUGACCAAAGGAACCGCCAUCGGAGAGGAGCACCUCCUUCGCUCAGCAUCUACACGAGCCCACGCCGCAUCGUAACGAUUAUCAACCAAAUUCCAGAUCAACGUCCAUUUGAUCAAGGUAAGAUCGUUCAUAUUAUUAAAAUCAAAUAUGGCCCAAGCUGAUCCAAUCAGCACGUUACGGCGGAGACGAGGCGCCCUAGCCGGUCGGCUUGCAACCCUAAAGCGCGAACUCGAUGAAUACGAAGCGUCUGGGAAGGCAAACAGAAACUUCCUAAUAUCUUGCCGCAACUCGUUCGAUGAUAACUGGAGGAGGAUACUCGCGAUUCAAGAAGAGUUAGAAGGGUUAGAUGAGGGGGAAGCUGCGCGUUUAACUUCGUUAUCGCAAGAGCAUCGGGAGCUUGACAUGCGGUUCCUAGGUCUCUUUGAGCAAAUGUCAGCAACAACCCCGUCGACAACAAAAACAGGCGAGACAUGCCAGAAACCAGAGCCGACCACCUUUCCAGAGGUCCGCUUGCCCCAAUUCGACGGUGCCCUCGAGAACUGGACCUAUUUCUACGACACGUUCUCAUCCACAGUGGACCGCAACGAAAGUUUGACGAAGGUCCAAAAGUUCCAGUAUCUACGCUCAUCUAUAACUGGACGGGCCGCACAGAGUAUCCAGUCACUACAACUCACGGAGGCCAACUAUCCCAUAGCGCUAGACACACUGAAGGAUAAGUUCAAUUGCCCCCUCCAAAUCUGCAUGCACCAUUGGAAUUUGAUGCGCAACUAUCCGGAAAUCAAAAAGGAAACUCCAGAAGCCCUAAAGGAUUUGUUGAAAACCAUCAGCGUAAAUCUAAAGGCGCUCGAAAACCUAAAACAGCCUGUCACAUCAAAUAUAGCGAUUAUCGAAUUGCUCGCGUCGAAAUUGCCCUCGUCCAGCCUGCGUAAAUGGCAACGCACACUGCCUCGCCAACAGGUGCCAUCCUAUCAGCAUCUGAUAGACUUUCUCAAAACACGGGCGAACGGGACUCAACUCCUCUCUAAAGCGAAGGAAUCAAAAGGGUCAACCCACAAACACCACAGUCAGUGA